UGUCACGGUGUAACAUUUGACUAAUGUGUGCCUAACAUUUCAAAAAAUCUUAGAAAUUCAUGCAAUCAAUUAUAGAAAAGAUUCCUAUCAUUUUUAAAGUCAAAAAGAAAAUAGAAAUUAGUGCCUCGUUUAUCCACUAAUAAAGCCACUGCCAAUUGUAUGAUCAGCAACUGAACACUAACCAAAGAAGAGACAGAAACCGCCAUGAACAGCCGCCACUUCCUUCUCAUAUCCCGUGCUGCCCAAGGCCAUAUCAACCCAACCCUCGAACUAGCCAAGCGCCUCAUACGCGCUGGUGCACGUGUCACCUUCGCCACCACCGUCCGCGGCCUCGGACAAAUAAAAGCCUUCCCUUCCCUCGACGGCUUAUCCUAUGCGUCUUUCUCCGACGGCUUCGAUGACGGAAUCAAGCCCACCGACGACCCCAACCACAUCAUGUCCGAGUUCAAGCGGGUCGGGUCACAAACACUCACCAACCUGAUUCUACGCCUCUCAGACGAGCAGCAUCGGGUCAACUUCUUAAUCUACACCCUCCUCCUCCCAUGGGCCGCCGACGUGGCGCGUGACAUCGGCAUACCUUCCGCUUUUCUGUGCAUCCAAUCCACCGCAGCGUUUGCCAUCUACCAUCAUUACUUCAAUGGCCGAAACGGUAUGCAUCAGAUCUAUAAUUCUAACCCUCCAAAUUCUGUACAAUUACAGGGUUUGCCACCCUUUGCAUCCACCGACCUUCCUUCGUUUCUCUUACCAACCAGUCCGCACGCUUCAGUCACCCCCACCUUUCAAGAACACAUCCGGACCCUGGAAAAAGAUGCGAACCCAUGCGUGCUUCUGAACACCUUUGAUGCUCUGGAAGAAGAAGCAAUCAAAACCGUCGAUAAUAUGAAUCUGACAACAAUCGGACCGUUGAUUCCCGAUUCGUCGUUUGGAUGUGACUUGUUUGAGCGCUCUAAGGACUAUCUUCAAUGGCUGAGCUCAAAGCCAACUCACUCUGUCAUUUACGUGUCUUUUGGGAGCAUGGUUGUGAUGCAAAGGAAGCAAAUGGAUGAGAUUUUGCACGGGCUAGUUGAGAGCGGCCGUCCAUUCUUGUGGGUUAUCCGAUCUACAGAGAAUGGAAGAGAAGAAGCAGAGGAUCUGAUAAAGAACAAGUCGGAGGAGGAAGAAGAACAGGGGUUAAUAGUGCCAUGGUGCUCGCAGGUGGAGGUGCUCUGUCACAAUUCAGUGGGGUGUUGCGUGACGCAUUGCGGGUGGAACUCGACAUUGGAGUGCAUGGCGGCCGGAGUGCCGGUGGUGGCAUGUCCGCAUUUUUCGGACCAGACAACAAAUGCGAAGCUGGUGGAGGAGGUGUGGGGGACUGGAAUUAAAGCGAGAGUGAAUGAAGAGGGGAUCGUGGAGAGGGAAGAGAUGAAGAAGUGCGUGGAGAUGAUAAUGGGAGGUGGAGGGAAAGGGGAAGAGAUAAGGAGGAAUGUCGAGAGAUGGAAAAGUUUGGCUGUGCAGGCUGGGAAGGACGGUGGUUCUUCACAGGAGCAUCUCAAGCUUUUCUUGGAAAAGUUAAGCUAGAAUAAUGGACGCCAUUCUGAUGCGUAAAUUAGGCUGUGAGAUCUCAAGCACUUUAUUGUAUGUUUUUUUUUUUUUAAGAAUAUAAUGGAUGAGUAGGUACAAAAUUGGAUGUCCCGAGACGUACUUCAAUCGUCUGAAAACCACGUCUCAGGAAGCGAUGGUCACUAGUUCGAAUCUCCCUCCCUCUCUUGUGUGGACAUGUCAAAAGGUACAAAAUCAGAUCAAAUGACCAAUUCUUUAAAAGGAGCGGCAAAAUUGUUCAAA